AGUUGAAACUGGUACAGCGAAUGUCGCUGCUAGCCGAGCCGGAGUCCUGGGUUCUCACUCUGCUUCACCUGCGGAGGUCAGCCGGUCGACUUCUUUUUUUUUUUUUUUUUUUUUUGGGGGGGACUGGCUCCGCGGCGGAGAAUGAGACUUCACAUGACCCGUUCAGGGUGUUGCAUGAGGACCAGCGGCGUCAUAGCUAAAGCGCUCCAAUGACGCACUACUCCCAGCUGUCGGCCAAGGCUGCUGCCCUGCGCGUCAUCCACCUGCCGCUGGCCGUGUGCGGCUCUGUGGCACAGCUGGAGGUGAGCGCUGGCACCAAGAAGCUGGUUGCCGCUGCAGCCUUCAGUGCAGUCUCGAUGCUCUUACUUGCUUCCCACUUUCAGAGGAGGCGGGGCCGCAAGAAGGCCGGGUCGCCUCCGUCACGACUGCCGUGGGAGCAGUCCGGCAUCCAGCUCUUCUUCUCCUCAGCUGUGCCAGUGGACGAUAAGAGCAGUCAUCAGAACUUGACGCUCUCUCUCAACUCCAAGUCGUGUUUCUCUCUUGCACCUGUCCACGUAUCGGCAGGAGCCCCCAGGGAGCGUUCUGAGAGUAUGUCGAGCACGGACACAUCUAGCAGUGGCACCUGCGCCAUAGAGUCCAGCUGCUGGGAUCGACUAGGCGACGCCGACAUCUGCAGCAUGGUCACCACUCCUGAGAACCUCUACCUCAUGGGUAUGGAUUUAUUUGAAGAGGCGCUGCGGCGGUGGGAGGAGGCGUUGACGUUCAGGAGCAAGCAGGUAGAUGACAACUUUAUCUCUGUCAAGACUGGAGCUGCGGAUGCCAUCGCUGAGGACAACAUGGAAGACGUCAUUAGUGCAGAGUUUAUCCACAGGCUGAAGUCGCUGCUGCAAAGGGCUUACCGCUUGCAGGGCGAGUUCGAGGGCGUGUUGGGGGUUGCGUCGGAGCCUUCGUCCAACGCCAGCAGCCACGACAUUGUGUCUCAAGAGGAGCAGGAGGACGCGUGUCUAAGGGACAGCAUCAGCAUCGCCUCCACCGACUCCUUUGUGUCCGCAGCUGAAUUGUCAGAGUACAGGGAGCUGAGGAGCAGCUACACAGUGACUCAUCAUCCCUUCUAUGAGGAGGCCUUGCAGAUGGCUGAGGAUGGCCAGAUCUCCUGCAGGGUGCUGCGGACCGAGAUGUUGGAGUGCCUCGGAGAUGUGGAUUUCCUGGCCAAGUUGCACUGCGUGCGGCAGGCUUCUCAGCUCAUCCUGUGUGAAAGAACCACAAGGUCGUUUCUGGCAGAGACUGGGAAGAAGAUUUUGUCAUCCAUCAUUGUCAAAGCGCAGAAGAGCCCAAAGAGGUUUGAGGAAGUGUUUGAGGAGAUGAUGUGCUUCCUGGAGCAAGCGGAGCACUGGGAUAACACUGCGUUGGAGUUGGCCACGCGCGGUGUUAAACACCUCAACUUCUAUGACAUCGUGCUGGACUUCAUCCUGAUGGACUCUUUCGAGGAUCUGGAGAACCCGCCCAUCUCCAUUCAGAAUGUCAUCAACAACCGCUGGCUCAACAGCUCCUUCAAGGAGACGGCGGUGGCAUCAAGCUGCUGGUCGGUGCUGAAGCAGAAGAGGCAGCACAUGAAGGUUCCAGAUGGCUUCAUCGCUCGCUUCUACACGCUGUGUGAGCAGAUCAGUCCUGUCCUGGCGUGGGGCUUCUUGGGGCCAAAGAGUCCGCUGCAUGACUUCUGCUGCUUCUUCAAGGAUCAGGUGGUGCACUUUCUCAAGGACAUAUUUGACCUGGACAAGGUUCGCUACUCAUCAGUUGACAGCCUGGCCGAGGACAUGUUGCACCUGCUGCACCGCCGCUCCGAACUGCUGCUGGCCUACCUGGGUGCAGAGUACUCCCUGCAGCUUACUGGAUGCAGCACCACCACACUGCACCUUGUACCUGGAGCCCUUAUGGAGUCCAAUGUGCAGUGAGUGGUUUUAACUGUACUAUAUUUCCCAACAUGAGUGAUGAUUAGUGCAGCCUUCUCGUGUCCCGCCCAUCUUAACUAUGCCAUGACUCUGCACAUUGUUGUAUCAUGCAAAAUAAAGCUGGCAUAUUGACCAUAUAAUGAUCACAUACAGGUGCUGGUCAUAUAAAUAAAAUAUCACGAAUAAGUUUAUUUCUGUAAUUCCAUUUAAAAAGUGAAACUUGUAUAUUUUAUUCAUUCAUUACACACAGACUGAUGAUUCAUUUAAAUGUUUUUAAAUUAUAACUGACAACUAAUGAAAAUACCACGUUCAGCAUCUCAAAUUUGAUUACCAUAUUUUCACAACCAUAGGGCGCACCGUAUUAAAAGGUGCAGUCUCAGUUACGGGGUCAAUGUCUGCAUUUAACACUUAAGGCGCACCGUAUUAUUGGGCGCAGGCAUGGUAAAACAUAUGGUAGCAUGCAUGCACGCAAAAACAAUGUUUUUAAAAAGGCAGCGGGAGCAAAACUGAGUUCGGUUGUAUUUUAUUGAAGUAUUUAACAACGUACUCACGUUAUUUUUUGAUCAAUCCUCAUCCACAAAUCCAUCAAAGUCCUCAUCUUCUGUAUCCGAAAUGACCAGCUGGGCAAGUUCUCAAUCAAACACGGCAGGUUCGAGUCAGUCUCGUUGCCGUGCGAAAGCUCGAACAACAGUGCAAGCAGACACGUUAGCCCCAGCAUCCAGAAUUCAUUCACAAAUUCUGGCCUAACUCGCCCGGCGCUGCCUCCUAGUCUUAGUAAAGCUGUGUUCGCCAUCUGUCAUCCAUGGCUCCCACGCCGCUCACUUCACUUUAAACACCCCGUUUACACGAAUGUCCAGUGGUUCACCAAGCCUCCCGGAAUGAUGGCAAGCCCUGAGUUAUUGCACUCAGUCGAAUGGUGACUUGUGACGCUUCUCCCGGCUGUUCUUUGCUCAUUAAUCCAUUGCUCGAGUUGGUCUUGCAACUCCGGCCAUCUCGCCUUGUUUCCACAUUUUGUUUUUCUUUCCCCCCCCCCCCCCCGCGGAAACUCAACUUCGUCUUCUUGACUUGGCGAAGCUUGCUUUCCUGCUUCCUCCACUUGCGAACCAUGGAUUCGUUGAUCUUGAAUUCUCUCACGCCUGCUCGAUUCCCAUGUUCCUCCGCAUAACUGAUAGUUUGCAGUUUAAACUGUGCUUCGUAGGUGACAUUUUCGGGGUUCCUUAGCCAAACCGAUGUUUUGCACAAUGCGCACCCCGGAAAUGCUCCCAGACAGUCAAGCGGUUAAAAAAAAUAAAAUACAUUUUUUUUUAAAAACAUCCCAGCGCUAUAUACCUACUCGGGGCGUGGCUUUAGCGUUCUACUUUACACACCCUUCCCCUGUCCUCAGCCAGGUCCGCUUUUCCUCUGUGUAAACAGCGUGUCAGCAGGAUAUGCUAAAAAAAAAACAAAAAAAUUUUUUUUUAGAGUCAAGGGGAGCGCUCAUCACAACAUUUAUAGACGUUGGAACUCAGUGCACACAUAAGGCGUGCCGCAUUAUAAGGCUCCCCGUCCAUUUUGGAGAAAAUUUAAGACUCAAGUGCGCCUUUCGGUUGUGAAAAUACGGUACUUAAGACCAACACAAAAAUAAAAAAUUAUAGAAAUGAUGGCCAACUGAAAAGUAUGAACAUGAAAACGAUGAGCAUGUACACUACUCAAUACUUAGUUGGGGCUCCUUUUGCCUGAAUUACUCCAGCAAUGCAGUGUGUCAUGGAGUCAGUCAGUCUGUGGCACUGCUCAGGUGUUAUGAGAGCCCAGGUUGCUCUAAUAGUAGCCUGGCGUAUCGCAUCUUCCUCUUCACAAUACUAUGGGGUUGAGGUCAGGUGAGUUUGCUGGCCAAUCAAGAACAGGGAUACCAUGGUCCUUAACCCUUUUAGCACCACAGUAACAUUAAAACGGCUAGUCUAUUUAUGUGAAUAAUUGUGUCAAAAAAUGCCGUGUGUAAAUAAUUUACACCCUUUUUCUAGAAGUAGAACUUUCAAAGUCUGUCAAGUACUUAAAUACCUAAAAGAAGAAAAGGACAAAAACUGAAUUGAACUUUCGUUUUAUAAAUUCUUGAAAAGUACAGAUUGAACAUUUCUGAGAUUGCAAAAAUCUAAUUUAAACUAUUUUACAACUCAGUUUUACAUUUCUGGAGCUAUCUGAGUCCAUGUUACAGGCUGCAAUAUUUGUCAAUAGCCAAGGGGUUUUUAUUUUCGGUGUUAAUAUUUUUUUUUAUUUUAGCGGUUGUAGUUUCUGAAACAAUUCCUUUCCACCUGAAGACAGAGACCCACAUCACGGAUUCAAGGUGUCCUUUUGUAGCACAGAGUGCACUUUUUCCUUCCCCAUGCUCUUUUGUCUGUGCACUCAUUUUUGUUGGUUGGGAUAGGGAAGUGGCCUGGUGAGUGGCACGCCAAGUAGGUGCGCACUCCGCUCUUCCUGGAAAGCCUGGCACGUGACCUGCUGCUGUGUGCCUUGCUGAGCUCCUUGUGCACAAUGAAACUAUUUGUGACAGCAAUGUCCAGCAGGUGCUGAAAAAGAGUCAUUGGCCAUCUUCUGGUUUUCCAGUGCACCGAGUUUGUUGCCAACAUCUGGUCAGAGGUAUCCACACCCCCCCAUGUAUUUGUUGUAUUCAGCCACUGCUGUAUGCCUGGGGAUCCUCUGACUUUGCCCAUCACCCAGUGUAAACAGAAUAGACAGUGGUGCAUAUGGCCACUUCCCUGGUGUCCAUCACGUAUCCACCGGAGGGAGACAUUUUGAUAUUUUUGUUGAGCAUUUUUUGGGGUUGUGAGACACGUUAUAAAGUUAGAAAUAAAUAUCGAAUGCAAACAGUUUUACUUACUGUGGUUGAGGUGAGAGAGAAGACAUGGCUGACUCCUCCUGUUCAUCUACAAGUUUCCUGGGGACCCUAGUGUCAUGUGCUCUCCCUUGACAUUUCCUCAUAUUCACAAAACAACCAAGGAGGAAAUGUCCCAAAAAUGUCAAAAAAAAUCACAAUGGCAAAAAAUAUACAAAAGCACGGUAAAAUACACACAAAAAAAAUAGCCGAAACACAGUGACUUAACUCAAUCGAUGAUAAAAUCACCAGGGAAAAAAAAUACUAAAACUAUUUACAAGACUGAUUUUCUUACACAGAAUAUACCUGAGGUUUUUGCUAAACUCCAAGAAACCACACCCAAAACUUUGACUGAAUCCUCCCACACACACACACACAAACCCAGCUGCUGCUCAUUUCCUCCCCCCCCCCCCCCAACCCCCACCACAUGACUCAUGCGUUACCGUAAAGCAUGUAAUAGCAUCACUCUACCCCAAGCAACGUGGAUUCUGUGCCUCUCCCCUCUUCCUCCAGACUGGGACCUUGAGUUCCAACACUUUUUCUACCACAUCUUUUCCUUCCCUUCGCCUCUCUUUGAAUGUGCUUGGACACGUAGCUCUGUGAACAGCCAGCCUCUUUAGCAAUGAUCUUCUCUCUUGCCCUUCUUGUGCAAAGUGUCAGUAGUCAUCAUUUGGACAACUGUGAGGUCUGAAGUCUUCCCCAUGAUUGUGUAGCCUACAGAACUAGACUGAGACCAUUUAAAGGCCUUUGCAGGUGUUUUGGGUUAAGUAGCUGAUUAGAUAGAGUGUGGCAUCAAUAUUGUACCGCUCCACAAUAUUCAAAUUUUCUGAGAUACUCAGUUUGGGGUUUUCAUUAGUUAUACUCAUCCAUAAAAAAAACAAAAACACUUUAAAUAUGUCUGUCUGUGUGAAAUGAAUGUAUACAUUGUACAAGUUUCACUUUUUAAAUGGAAUUACUGAAAUCAACUUUUUCCCAUGGUAUUCUAAUUAUAUGACCAGCACCUGUAUAUACACAGUAGAACUAUCUAUUGUGACACAAUUUUAAGUCGUUUCAAAGCUAUUUCUACUAUGGCAAAUAUGAAUACAUCACUUAUCUAUUUUAUGCAACAUUUUAACUUCAACUGUUACACUGGUAUAAAACGUUAAACACUAUUAAUAAAAUUUCCCCCAAAAAAUUAAAAACUACUCACCCUUUGAAGACACUUCAGAGGCAAGGGACCAGGAAAGGUGUUUGCAGAGCAACGCUGUCUCCUCGUGGCGUUUUGUAGGUCAAAUUAAUGCAUUCAUUCAUCUUCCGUUCCGCUUAUCUUCACUAAUUGAGAUUUAAUAGGCAUUUCUUGUACUACUCUAACUUCUCCACUUCUUUGCUAUCUCUGGUAGCAUCAGUGAGCGAGAAAAACAUAAUUUUCCUUUUGUUGACCUACAAAUUGUGCCACACACCGGUAAGUUUUUUUUUUUUUUUUUUUUUUUCUUGAACCCAAGAUCCAUUUUGAUUUUAAAGGUAAAAUGUAAAGUCUAUCAGGAGGUAUCCAAGCAUCUAUUAAAACUUGCACACUGAAUACUAAAUGAGCCAUUCACUCUUGAAAAAGAAACCUCUGAGUAAAUGCAUGUGGGGAAAAUAUUUUUGUACACAUACGAUGUAUACUGUAUUUUUAGUCAGUCAUUUCUGUCCAUGUCAUUGUAUUAAAUGUGAUGUUUGUACUAUACAUACAAUAUGUAACUUAAGUCAAUUUUGAUAAGUGCUGCAAUUGUUGAUCACAGAAGGAUUGAAAAGGUCACCAAUUGUCCAUUUUGUGCUAAUCGUCUUCACUGCUGCAGAUUUGUUACUUUGUGCUCUCAAAUUAAAUAUUAAAGGUCAUGAUCAAUGUCAA